UAAACACAUUCUCUCUCUCCUCACACACACCCUGCUGGCUCUGAACAGAGAAGUUAGGGAGGCACAGUGUGGAGAGCAGACAGAAAACAGACGGAGAGACCACUGACUGUCCAAUACAAGAAGAUGGCCGUGUCUAUCUCCAGGGAUUUAAGUGUCCAGGUGCUGGACGAUCCGAACAAAGUGAAACUGACUGACAGACAACAGCAGCUGCACGCCGCCAUACAGAAGGGCGAGCCCAAAUGUCUGGGGUUGAGCCAAGUGAUGCUGGGGCUGAUGGUCAUAACUUACUCACUGCCUCUACACUUCACUGUACACACUCCUGUUGUCUACUUUGGCGUUCCCUGGUGGACCGGAUUAACAUUCAUUGCAGCAGGAAUUAUUGCAGUGACGUUGGAUAAACACUUCUCAAUGAAGAUCGUGCAGGCGUGUUUGGUAACGAGCGUGGCAGCUAUGGUGCUGUCAGCGGUGGCUGUGAUCAUCUACUCUCUGGAUUUAUACCAACAUCAGCUGCCGCUCUGUAAGGCGACAGAGUCCUACUCAUAUCACUCAGACGGGGCCAGCUGUUCGGACGAAAUCAACACCACGAAAUUCUCCAAGGGAUUAAAGUCGUCUCUGCUUUUCUUCACGUUGGCGCAGGCAGUCAUCUCUGCCGUGUUCUGCUGGCUUCUCUACAGGCAGAGAAACAUCUUUGCACAAUAUGCAACCAUCGAUUCACCUUCUUCCAGCCACAAUGAAAUAAAAUAAUGGACGGAAAGUGAAGCUGAUACGAUUAUCCAAAUGUAAAUGUUCUUGCAUUUUUUUGUGCCCACAAAUGACUUUACAAGUUUUCUUGAUCACUUUGAUCUGCUUAAGGAAACUGAAAUCCUCUCAGUUUUCAGUGUCUCUUUUUUUUCCUCACAGAUGUCUCAAACUAAACUACCAAGAGAAGCAUGAGAAUCAACAAUCGGUAUUUCUUUACUGUAAUAAAUUUGUUACUUUCUUAAUUUCUUAUUCUCUGGUUUUAUUUUGGUUUACUUUUACAGUAUUCUCUGUAUUUCAGUUUUCAGUCACAGUUUGAAAAAAUGUCAUGGAGUCAAUAAAAUUGGAAUCAAAGCA